AUGAGAUGUUUGAAAUAUUUUCAAGAUUGUCAGCAAUUUCUAUCACAAAACAAUAAAAAUCAAUCAUUUCUGGAAUCAUUAUCACCGAAGAAACUUCCGACAAGCAAAUCGAACUAUUUCGGCAUGAAAAAAAUCCCGUAUUAUUUUAUAAAUCGAGAUGGUCAAAUCAAAGUUGGUCGAGAGGUUUCUGGUGGAAUCGGAGUGUGGGGAGCUGGUGUGGCAGUAAAUCAAGGAGUUCGAGAUUAUUGGUCGGAGACAACUGAAGUUGGUGCAAAUUGGAUCGAGGGAAAAUAUGGUGUGAAAUCUGGAUGGAGUGUUCCAUUGGUGCAAUCACUUGGUGUAGAAGGUGGUAAGCAUACAAUGGUGGGUUUUGAGAGUAAUCUAUUACAUUUUUAUUCACAAUCAGUAAGCACAUUUGGGAAAAAUUGUGGAAACUCGAUGAGGUUCUUGUGA